ACGUAUGACAUGGUGGAAGAUCCGGCGACGGACGCGAUUGUUUCGUGGAGUCCGGCGAACAAUAGCUUCAUUGGUUUCAGAAAAGUUGAUCCAGAUCGGUGGGAAUUUGCAAAUGAAGGUUUCUUGAGAGGUCAAAAACACCUCUUGAAGACUAUAAGCCGGAGAAAAUCUGCUCAGGGACACGGAGCUAGUAGUAAUCCACAACCCCAUCAGUUAUCUCAGGGCCAAGGUUCAGUGGGUGUGUUGUCCUCAUGUGUUGAGGUUGGCAAAUUUGGGCUCGAGGAAGAGGUUGAACAGCUUAAGAGAGACAAGAACGUGCUGAUGCAGGAGCUCGUCAAGCUACGCCAGCAGCAGCAAUCAACGGACAGCAAGCUUCAGGGUAUGGUCAAAAGUCUUCAGGCUAUGGAGCAGAGGCAACAGCAGAUCAUGUCUUUCCUCGCUAAAGCUGUUCAAAACCCCACUUUCCUCUCUCAGUUCAUACAGAAGCAGACCGAUAGUAACAUGCAUGUGACCGAGGCGAAUAAGAAGCGGAGACUGAGAGAGGACGCUACUGCUUCUGCUGCUGAGAAUGAGAUCCGUAGCUCGGCUGCAUCAGAUGGACAGAUAGUUAAGUAUCAGCCUCUAAGAAGCGAUUCGACGAAGUCAGUGAUCUGGAACAUGAUGAAAACAGAUGAUGAGUUUCCUUUUCUCGAUGGGUUCUCAUCUCCAAGCCGGGUCUCUGGAGUCAGUCUUCAAGAGGUGCUUCCCACAACUUCAGGACAAUCACAAGCAUAUGUAUCCGUACCUUUGGAGCAGCCUUUAUCCUACUUACCUUCUACUUCAACUUCCUUACCUGAUACCGUAAUGCCAGAGAUGACGCAAGAGAGCAUCGGUGACUUCCCUACAGAAAACUACAUGGAUACGGAGAAGGAUGUUUCGGAGGCAUUUAUCUCUCCGAGCCCGUUUCUUGACGGUGGUUCAGUACCGACUCAGCUCGACGGAAUACCUCAAGACCCCGACAUUGAUGAACUGAUGAGUAACUGUGAUCUCUUUGAAGAGUAUUUGGCACAAAGCCCAGUCCUUGGAGAUGAAACUAUACUAGAGAGCAGCAACACAAAUGGUGGGAAUAUGGUUAAGCUUAUAGAAGAGUUGGGUCUUCUCACAUCAGAGACAGAGCAAUUGUAA